UUCUUAUCGCAAUUUGAUAAGCGGUCUGUGAGUAUUCAACUUGCUCUUCUUCUCUCUCUAUAAUUUGCCUUCCUAAAGCCCUCUGUUUGGUUGCCAAGAAAACCGAAGGGAAAUAAAAAAAGAAGCGAGAGUCUUGAUUCUACUACAAGCGGGGCCUUAGCAUGGGAAAUCAGCCUGUGAAGCAACAAGAAAGGGAAGAGAUACUAUUGAAGGUUGUGCCUCCUCUGGAUCAUGCAUAUGUGAGGUGGCUUGCCCGGGAUGUUCAGAGGAUUCACGGCUUUACUCCAAGAAAGCCUCGUGCUGUGAAGCCACCAGAACAUUAUGUAGAGUACAUGCGCUUCAGUGGAUGGUUGGAUGUGAACUUGGAUGAUCCCGAUCUGGCCCAUUUGUUCAAGUAGACAAUCAUUUACUCUUUGGCUAAAAACAUACCAGUUCCAAAUAUUAGUUUACUAGCAAGUACUAGCUGCUUGGGUUGUUGAAUGGGGUCGAGAUAUGCCUUAACUUAGGAUGCUGCUUUGCAAAAAUUAGAAACGAUGUAAUUUGUUUGGUCUAAAUGCAUUAUAAACUCCCAACAGGAUCUUCUAUCC